CAAGUUAAUUAUACUACCACUUCUGGCCCAACCUCCUCUUCCGGGCCAUGGCUCAUGUACACUGCUGCCUCACAUCAUGUCACUUCUGACCUGGGCAACUUAUCCAUUUAUUCUGACUAUACGGGUCCUGAUGAAAUAUUAGUUGGUGAUGGAUCAGGAUCUUCGCACGGGGGCGCAGCUGCUGAGGGGGGAAAACAACGGUGAUGUGUAUGAGCUACCACGUGAAUUAGAGCAUGUUCGACUGGCUUUGGUUACUACUCGCACUUCCGCUGAUUCUUGGCAUGCUCGUCUUGGUCACCCUUCGCUUCAAU